AAUAAAAAACAUGAAUGGACACUACAUUGUGGGUGUCGAAUAUAAUAAAAAAUUUAUCAACUAUUUGUCAAUAGAUAUGGACUAUUGCGCUGCCUUGCAUAUGGCUUACAAUCAAAACUUGCUUCAAUUAGUUCUUGUGGGACUGCGAAGUGUGUCAAACUUUCCACUAAACUGCCCUCUUAAGAAGAACUACACAUAUUUUAUAAAUGGAUUUACAAUGGAUACGAAAAUAGUGCCUGCCUAUAUGCCUGAAAUAACUUUUAUAACAAAUGCGACGUUUUUCUACAAUAAGCGAGCAGUGUCAUACGUGACUUGUAUUGGUCGGGUGUCCAAAAAGUGAAGGCUCAA